GCUCGAUCGACUUUUCUAUUCUCCGAAACGUUGGACGGUUGGUUCUGUUGGAAGGAUCACGCAUUCGAUCAGAGUUUGCAAUGCUUUAACAUCAUUCCCUCCGCUUCUGAUUCGGACAGAAGAAGCUCCAGUCAUCCUCAGCACAACACCUCGUGUUCACGUCGACUGAGCGAUCCGGGUGCACAUGUAAUCCACGAAGCCUGCCAUGAGGAAAGCUGAGCCCUUUUUUGAGUUGGACUCGACCGACCUCAGUGGAGUCCUUCCAGUCGUCACGAUUGUCUGCUGCAUUACAUGUCUGUUAACUGUCACUGCAAAGCUGCUUUACCAGUCUAGCUUCCUAUCUUUACGGCACUUCGACUACGCCCUCUUGGUCGGCACACUUUUAGUUGUCGUCCAGUCUGUCAUAGCUGUCCGCAUUGCUCAUUUGGGUCUGGGGAAACACGAGGCCGAUAUUGAUGUUGGGAAUUUGGACAAGAUCCGGAAGUUACAAUAUGCAUCAUCGCUACUCGGCAUCACUGUCUUCGUCUGUACCAAGGUCUCUCUGUGCCUUUUGGUCAGAUCUAUCAACUCGUACGGCCGUGUGAGCACUGCAACAUCGGCUCUCAUUGCGCUUGUGAUCGCAUGCUUCAUCUCCAAUUUUGCAGCCGUAGCGUUGCAAUGCCCGCUUCCAACCCCAUGGCUCGCCACGAAUGGGCAAACCUGUCGAGCGAUCUAUCCAAUCCACAUAUACAGUCUGACUUCGAGCUUUCUCACAGAUGCCGCCAUCUGCUUCCUUUCCGUUGCCAUGGUCUGGAAUAUCCAGACGGAGCUGAAAAGAAAGACCCUCGUCGUCUUGCUAUUUUCCUCCCGGAUGCUCUGUGCGGCUUUCAUGAUACCCGCGAUGAUGAGGUCAUCAAGCUUGUAUAACGGCGAAGGAACCGACUUUACCUGGAGGUCGCUAGACCACAUGGUUUGGCUUGAAAUAUCGUUACAUCUUUCGGUUAUCACGGCCUGUAUCCCCGGUAUGAAAGGACUUUUCGAAAGCAUGCUUGGCAACACAAUGGGGCUGAAAAUAGACACAUCUUACGAGAUGGACCCGGCGGCCAGGAGCAAUGGAUUGACAAUCAUAACCGUUAAAAACGACCUCUCUAAGCUCAGCUCCAGCAGGAGCUCACAGCACAAGGGCUCUCCAAAUCCAGCAGUACCCAACAUCCAAUUCACGAACUUCAAAGCAGGUCAACCUGGCUCUUCGUCUCUCGACACCGGAGAAAGAUCGCUAUGUAUUCACGAGGCGUCAGAAAGCAUGAAUCACAAUGAUGGACAAAGAGAGAGUAUUUGCGAGUUGAUAGAACAUGCCAGCCAUGUUCAACAAGAGGUGGGCGAGCACCAGUCGCGGCCGUCAACAAGGAAUUCCCAGGGUAGCAUAUGAGGAGGGCCAGUUUCAAUAGCUUAUGGGAGAAGAUUGGGGAUCCUCAUUCGGAAGACAUGGUCACUCCAAUAUAGACAUGUGAAUAUAGUAUUCAUAGAAGAAUCAAGAGCCCACGAUCUUGGGAGCAGCG